GGGGCCUCGCAGCUGGGGCCGGGACGAGCUGACAGGGCCGCAGCGGCUAACCUCCAACCCCACUUUCUCGGAACGUGCCUGAGCUGCUGCAGCUGGCACCCGGCAGCGCUCAGCGAACAGGGCUGGGGGCGGGAGAUGACGGUGAUAUCCUCCCUGCUUGGCCCUCUGCGAGCACCGACUCCCUUCUCCUCGCAGCCCCAGGGCUGCAGACGAAGCAGAGAUCUGGUUGGAGUUGGAGGUUGAGAGAAAAUGAAUUCCUUUUCUAGUUUACCUGAAGAGAACUUAACCAUUGCAGUCAAUAUGACCAAGACUUUGCCUACAACAGUAACACAUGGAUUUAAUUCCACUAAUGACCCACCUUCAAUGUCAAUAACAAGGCUUUUUCCAGCCUUACUAGAAUGCUUUGGCAUAGUCCUUUGUGGCUACAUAGCAGGAAGGGCCAAUGUCAUAACAUCAACACAGGCCAAAGGACUGGGAAAUUUUGUCUCCAGAUUUGCACUUCCAGCUUUAUUAUUCAAAAACAUGGUUGUACUUAAUUUUUCCAAUGUGGAUUGGUCUUUCUUAUAUAGUAUCUUAAUUGCCAAAGCUUCUGUAUUUUUCAUUGUAUGUGUAUUAACCUUAUUGGUUGCCAGUCCUGAUAGUCGAUUUAGCAAAGCUGGACUAUUCCCUAUCUUUGCUACACAAAGUAAUGACUUUGCAUUGGGAUACCCUAUAGUUGAAGCUUUGUAUCAAACUACAUACCCAGAAUAUCUCCAGUACAUUUAUUUGGUGGCACCAAUAUCUCUUAUGAUGUUAAACCCUAUAGGGUUUAUCUUUUGUGAAAUCCAGAAGUGGAAAGAUACUCAAAAUGCUUCUCAAAACAAAGCAAAAAUUGUGGGACUUGGACUUCUGCGUGUAUUACAGAACCCAAUAGUAUUUAUGGUCUUCAUUGGUAUUGCCUUCAAUUUUAUUCUUGAUCGAAAGGUGCCUGUAUAUAUAGAAAAUUUUCUUGAUGGACUUGGAAAUUCUUUUUCUGGAUCAGCCCUAUUUUAUCUUGGUCUUACGAUGGUAGGGAAAAUAAAGAGACUGAAGAAGUCAGCAUUUGUUGUACUAAUUCUUCUCAUCACAGCUAAACUCUUGGUGCUGCCACUCCUAUGCAGAGAAAUGGUGGAACUCUUGGACAAGGGUGACAGUGUUGUGAACCAUACAAGUUUAUCGAAUUAUGCAUUUUUGUAUGGUGUCUUUCCUGUAGCACCAGGAGUGGCUAUCUUUGCAACACAGUUCAACAUGGAAGUAGAAAUUGUAACCUCAGGGAUGGUAAUAAGCACAUUUGUGUCUGCUCCCAUCAUGUACGUUUCUGCCUGGUUACUGACCUUUCCCACUAUGGACCCUAAGCCACUGGCAUAUGCCAUCCAGAAUGUUAGUUUUGAUAUAAGUAUUAUCAGCCUGGUCUCUUUGAUCUGGUCUCUGGCUAUUCUUCUUUUGAGUAAGAAAUAUAAACAGCUUCCUCAUAUGCUUACAACUAAUCUACUCAUUGCUCAGUCUAUUGUCUGUGCUGGAAUGAUGAUGUGGAAUUUUGUUAAAGAAAAAAAUUUUGUUGGACAAAUUUUGGUGUUUGUUCUAUUAUACAGCUCCCUCUAUAGCACCUACCUGUGGACAGGCCUCCUAGCAAUUUCUUUGUUUCUUUUGAAAAAGCGAGAGAGGGUACAAAUUCCUGUUGGAAUCAUCAUAAUAUCUGGCUGGGGAAUCCCUGCUCUCCUUGUUGGUGUUCUUUUGAUAACUGGAAAACACAAUGGAGAUAGCAUUGACUCAGCCUUCUUUUAUGGAAAGGAGCAGAUGAUCACCACAGCAGUAACCCUGUUCUGCAGCAUUCUGAUAGCCGGGAUAUCACUCAUGUGCAUGAACCGCACCACCCAAGCAGGAAGCUAUGAAGGUUUCGACCAGUCUCAGACCCACAAAACAGUGGAGCCUGGAAACACUGCUUUUGAAGACAGUCCAACACCAGUAAAUGAGCCAGAACUUUUUACAAGCUCUAUCCCAGAAACAAGUUGCUGCUCCUGCUCCAUGGGAAAUGGUGAAUUACGCUGCCCACCGACAGAGCCAGUAGCAAACACAAGCACCCGUGGGUCUGUGACUCCUUCUUUUGAGAAAAAUGAUCAUUGUGUGAGUCGCUGUAACUCCCAGAGCUGCAUAUUAGUGCAGGAAGAACAACAGUAUCUACAGAGUGGAGACCAGCAACUAACUCGACAUGUGUUACUGUGUUUACUUCUCAUUAUUGGCCUGUUUGCUAAUCUUUCCAGUUGUUUAUGGUGGCUAUUCAACCAAGAGCCUGGAAGACUAUAUGUUGAGUUACAGUUUUUCUGUGCCGUGUUUAACUUUGGCCAGGGAUUUAUUUCCUUUGGAAUCUUUGGAUUAGAUAAACAUUUAAUCAUCCUGCCUUUCAAAAGAAGACUUGAGUUCCUAUGGAACAAUAAAGAAACAGCAGAAAAAAGGGAUUCUCCUGUUUCUGAGGAAAUAAAAAUGACCUGUCAACAGUUUGUGCAUUAUCAUCGUGACCUCUGUAUCCGAAACAUUGUCAAGGAAAGAAGGUGUGGUGCAAAGACUUCUGCCGGGACCUUCUGUGGCUGCGACCUGGUGAACUGGCUAAUUGAAGUCGGCCUUGCCUCUGACCGUGGUGAAGCUGUGAUAUACGGAGAUAGACUGGUGCAAGGGGGAGUCAUCCAACAUAUUACCAACGAAUAUGAAUUUCGAGAUGAGUACUUAUUUUACAGAUUUCUUCAAAAGAGUCCUGAACAGAGUCCUACUGCUAUUAAUACAAGCAACCCCCAACAAGAAAGAUAUAAAGAAAUUGAGCAUUCAUCCCUAUCCUCACUUUCCCCUAAGACCUAAAUUAUGACAGGGAGAACCCCAUAUGGAAUCAUAUUCUAGCCCCAGAUCUAUUACUUUUUAGCUAUGUGACCUUGGGCAAGUUAUACCUGAGCCUCAGUUGCCUUUUCUGUAAAAUUUGACAAGAUGCUUUCCUAACCCAUGCUAAAGGUCUAUGAUUUUAUGUGUAACUAAAACAUAUAGGGAACUGACUUAGGAAAAAGAAAACCAAAGCAAAAUUUAUAAGUUCUGAUAAUGAAUAUAAUAAUUACAGUCAUUCCUCAGUAUCCACAGGGGAAUGGUUCCAGUACUCCUGCAGCUACCAAAAUCUGAGAAUGCUCAAGUCCCUUUUAUAAAAUGGUGAAGUAUUUGCGUAUAACCUACUCACAUCCUCCCGUAUACUUUAAAUAAUUUCUAGAUUACUUAUAAUGCCUAAUACAAUGUAAAUGAUAUGCAAAUAGUUGUUAUACUGUAUGGUAUAGGGAAUAAAGACAAGGGAAAAAGUCUAUACAUGUUCACUACAUAUGCAGCCAUUGUAGGCCUAGCAUUUUGAUCUGCAGUUGGUUCAAUCUAUGGCUGUGGAACCAGCACUUAGGGAGGGUUUUCUGUACUAUAAAUAAUACUAAUGUGCCAACACUGUAAAAUCAUUGCUUUCUGAAACUGUUUGCUAUAAUUUCAAAUAUCAACAUCCUAGUAACUAUUCCUUUAAAUUGACAGAUUUUGUAGGUGUAUUGCUCACAGGAAAUGGACCUUAAAUUAUGACAACUUUAUAUUUAUUCAUAUUACCUCCUAAGAAAGAAUUUUAAUGAUUCUAAUAAAAGGUUCUUACUAUUUUUAU